AUGCAGCCUCACAAGCCUCGCGCUACGAGCCGUUCGAAGCCAGCUGGAGAUUACCUCAAACUUCAACCUCGCCCCCGUACUCGUCACAGCCGUACCAUCCGGAGUGGUCUUGAUUGGUACCCUUGUUGCACCGACAUUCACGAUUUUGUGCCGCUGCCUUUGGCCUAUCUUGCACCACCAACACCGGGUUUCGACUUCAAUCCAAAUUCUCUUCGUUAUGUUAGAGAUGUGUCUUGCAACCCACCUGACUUCGGCGAUAGACACCCACUACGUAUCACCUUACCCAAGAAGGCCGGAAUUGAAAAUGAACUCGUCUUCGCUAUGUGCACAUCCUCACGUUGGGUCACUAAAGGCCGCCGCUUCAAUGGGACUCUGCACUUACCCUCUGGCGAAGUCAAAGCGCCGAAACCUCCCGCUUCCAAUAAGAGAGGUCCUAAACGCAUGCACCUCUGGACUGAGAUCUACAAUUGCAAUGCGUCAGGCAAUCCUUGUACUCAAAAGAAAAGUACUCUCACCGAACUUGCACGCCAAUCAUCCGGCUCCAUCAAAGUCCAGUGCCCAGCUUGCUUUCUCCUCAAGAAAACAUUAACCGGCAAGAUGGAGUUUGAAUGGUAUUGGAAACAUGAGAACCACAACCCGUUCUCCGUCGAGGACAUGCGUAACAUGCAUAUGCCUCAGGUAGUUAAAUCCUGGCUCAAUGAUCGCAUCCUUGAAGGACUCACCUGGCGCACUAUUCAGCGCCUCCUGCGUUGUCCAGACCUAUUCCCCGACGAACAUCGCACCCUGUCCGUCAUCCCCAAGGCCUUACGAGUUACCUACGCCAAUUUUCGCAACGUAGUCCGUAACGCCUCCAAAAGCAUUCAACGUCUCGAUCCCAGUAUCAUCCCUUCUCUUAUGAAGUGGUGUCAAAGACUAACCGACCGCGGUUACUCGGUUCACAACGACAUACGCCCCAGUCACAAAAGAAUCCAAAUCGGACUCAUAUCCCCCUGGCAAAGACAGCAGUUACUAUUACACGGCAAAGGCGUCAUCUGCUUUGAUUCAACACACAAUGUCUGCAACAACAUCCCCGAGUGGCCAACGGUGAAACUCAUGCUCCUUACACUCAUUAUACGCAACCCCGUCACCAGCAGUGGUGUUCCCGUCGCAUGA